AUGAGUAAUAGUAUUCCAGCAACACCAAACAGUACAACAUCAACAGCAACAUCAAAAAAUACAACAUCAACAGCAACAUCAAACAGUACAACAUCAGCAGCAACAUCAAAUAAUACAACAUCAACGACAACCAAGCAAGAAUCAAAUCAUACUUUCACAAUCUCAAACGAUAAUGUUGAUGAACGUGUAACUUUGUCAAAUGAUGAAUCAAUGUAG